CAGCUGGACUUUUAUUUUGAAAGCCGAGUGUCGUCAGUGCGGACGCGUUUCUUUACGUUCUGUGUCAUAGCUGUUUUAACGGAAUGUGGAAAGUAGCGAUGUCGGAGGAAGUUGCCAAGGCUUUGCAGUCGGUAGUGGAACGGGUGAACCAGGCGGCGGCCCGGCGGCCUAAGACACUACCAGCUGUACCACCCCGCCUUGUAGCUGUCAGCAAGACAAAACCCCCAGAGAUGGUUGUGGAGGCCUACAAGCAAGGGCAGCGGAACUUUGGGGAAAAUUAUGUUAAUGAACUUGUUGACAAAGCUUCAGAUCCUCUGAUUUUAGAAUUGUGUCCAGAAAUCAAGUGGCAUUUUAUCGGCCAUCUACAGAAGAAUAAUGUCAACAAACUUUUGGGAGUGCAGAAUCUCUUCCUUGUGGAGACAAUCGACUCUGCAAAACUGGCUGACAGGGUCAACAGCUCGUGGCAGCGCAUCAGAGGAGCCAGCACACAGAGGUUAAAGGUCAUGGUUCAGGUCAACACCAGCGGAGAACAGAGCAAACAUGGCUUGCCACCAGAGGACACGGUCAACACGGUGAAGCACAUAGUGACACAGUGUCCCGCCCUGCACUUCUUAGGACUCAUGACCAUUGGGCGUUACGGCUAUGACCUCACUCUGGGGCCCAACCCAGACUUCCAGAUGCUGCUGAGUCGGAGACAGGAGGUGUGUGACAGUCUGAAGCUGCCUACAGAGGAUGUAGAGCUGAGUAUGGGUAUGUCCACCGAUUUUGAACAUGCGAUUGAGGUGGGUUCCACCAAUGUGCGAGUGGGUAGCAUCAUAUUUGGCAACAGGGAGUAUCCCAACAGUGCACUGAACACUCCUAAUCCCAGUCCCGGUCCCAGUCCAGUUCCCAGUCCUGAGAAAACAUCUAAGAUGGUGUCAGAAGAUGCCGCCAAGAAGAUGCAGCACCUCACCGUGUCUGAACGCUAAGAAAGAGCCUCUCCUUCUUUGAAAUACCUUUAAUUAAAAAAGCAAAACAAAAGAGCUCUGCUCUUCACAUGCAGAACGAACAGAGCGGUGAAGCAGAUCUUUUCCACACAGCCUUGUGGAGCUAGGAUUGAGGAAUCCUGCAUUAAUUGUAAAUUGUAUUUGCCUAAUCCUAACUUUUUGUGUGCCCUUGUUGCAGUUUAAGCAUUAAAGUGGCAUUUGGCACAGAGCUAGAAAACCUUUUUAACGUUGUUUAACAAGUGUUAUUAACGUUUAGUGCCCUGACUUGCUCCUCAUGGAAAACCUUUUAGUCAAGAUAACUGGAUACAAGACAAACUACUGAAAACACGACAACUUCAGUGUUUUUGCGUGAGGUUUCUUUGGAUUCUUGUGCUGGUGUGUGAUAUUUUCUACUUUUCCACUCAAACACAGGACGGUGCUGAAAUGUGUCUCCCACAGAUCAGGACCUCCACACAGCACAGUGUACCACUCUUGUUGAACAUAUGAAACAAAGACCUGAUUUAACAAAUAAAUCAUUUAUCCCUUUAUAAUGACACAUUGUAUUGUGUGUUUGAUAUUGUUCUGUUUGGUGUGCCAAAGGUGACAAAACUCUAUUCUUGAUAUUAAUAAACCUGAGCGUAAACCGAGGAAGUGUUUCUGUGUAGCAGUCUCGUGUCCGUGCUGUGGUGCUUUGGAGGUGAGUGUGAGGGUUAACCUAUGCAAAGUGGUGAUUUUGUUUCAUCAUCCAACUAGGUUUUCACACUGCAGCUCUGAUGGUGUAGCAGUGGUUUAUUUACCGGUAUCACAAGAUCUGUGUGUGUCUUGUUUUUUUUUUUCUGUCAACAUGGGGAGAAAAAAGGUCAGUUUGUGAUUUAAUGUGUGGUUACUGUCCUACCGAGGCAUUUCAGCAUUGUUUGGUUUGGAAUCUGGCUCACAGGGAAGCCGAAGCCAAGCAAUAAAUUUUAUUGUUGAAACGA